AUGGCGCCCGUUUUGAGUCCCCGCAAAUUGGAUGGCAAAGAACCUAACAUGGACGCUCUCGGCUUCACCUACAUCGCCAUUGCUCUGAUCUACACUGUUAUACUUUCUGGCGAGCUCCUCCUCCUUUACCAACGUCGUUCGGAAUUCUGUGUGCGAAUACGGCAUCUACCGGUUGUUUUCGCUGCAGUAUCUAUACUUCACGUCUAUCUUGUUAUCGUCCUGCUAGUCUAUCCUUGGAACGGCCUCUUCCCUUGCGUAGCGGAGUUCUGGAUCAUGUCCGUCUUUCUCCCAUGUGGAUUUGCUCUGUUUCAAUCUUGCAAUGCCAAAGUUUUGACUACAUACGAAAGCCAACGCCGGCUGACACGCAAUUUCCUCGAGGGUGCUCGCAAGAAGCGACUCUCGUACACUCCUCAGGGUCUGUAUGAAGCGUGGAGAAAUCUUGAUGCAUCUACCAAAGUACAUGUUGCUACAGUCAUUGGGUUGGUUGUGUCUUUCGUACCUGCGAUCAUCCUGUUCUUUGGCUCACGUCGUUUUCACCCGUCUUACGGCUUUUCCAGUAUGCAGCUCGAUUCCAAUGCUUGCCGCAGGGGAGGCGAAUGGAUUCCUUCCAUCUUAGUGCAAUUGUUUUGGACAGCAAUUGUUGGGCCUUGGAUACUGUGGAAAGUUCGCCACAUCAAAGACGUUCAUUCGUGGGCAUGGCAAACUAGACUCGCAAUCGUUGCUGGCUUGCCUGGUACGCCAAUGUGGGUUGCGUUUACAUUCUUCCGAGUUCCUGCAAGUUUGACUAUCAACGACUAUUUUGCACCAGCUGGGUGGUUUAUUCCAUCACUCAUCAUCUGUCAACAAACACUCGUCCUCGCCCCCAUUAUCGAGGUGUUUAAAUCGCAGCGUCGUCAGCGGCCCACCUCACCCUCGUCAGAGACCGAGCCCCUGACUUCGAGAACAUCGUAUACAUCCGAAAAGUCAGUGAAAGAACUGUUUGCCAGCAAAGAGCUCAAAACGAAAACAUCGAUGCAAGCCCUGGAGUAUAGCAUCGAGCACAGCAUCGAGCCUCUGAUUACAUGGGCAGCGACAAAAGAGUUCACAGCCGAGAACACCAUAUUCCUCCGAGAGGUGCGGAACUACAAGAGAAAAUGGUCGGAUCUAGAAGCCAUGAACUCAGUACAGCGGCGCCAGAUGUUUGACGAGGCGUCUCUCAUAUACUUCACACUGGUCAAUGUGUUCACCGCCGAGGUACCCAUCAACAUCGAAUACAAGGUCUGCAAGACCCUCCAGGAUGUAUUCGCAGGCGUGGAGUAUGACCCAUAUAUGCCAGGCAGUGCGACGCCCGACGACACCAAAGCACCCAGCAUACGUGACAACGUCGUGUGCCCUUGGGAAGAUACGCUGAGUCGACCUGCAAGCAUCAGCUCGGUCACCACUGAGUCGAACAAGUCGAGUGACGUGGGUGUUGUUCCUGUGGAAUUUGACGUCUACAUCUUUGACGCGGCAUACGAAAGCAUCAAGUAUUUAGUCUUCACAAACACAUGGCCGCGAUACGUUGAUGGGGGGCUAUACGGAGAGGACUUAUGA